AUGACUCGGAGGCGGAGCAGGCCGAGCGGCGGCGCGGGUCGGCGCGAGCGGAUGCGGGCCGCGGGGCAGCAGAAGCCCCAGGCUCCCGAGCCCCCGCCGCCGCCGAGCCUGGAAGCGGGAGCGGGUGCAGGGCCCCCGGCGGCGCCCGUGGAGCCGGACCGCGACGGCCCCAGGGAGGAGGACGAGCCCAAGUUGGCGCCCGGACCGCAGGUUCCCCCCACCUCCACCCAGUCUGUGCAGACUUGCUGCCUGCUAUGUCAUCGGGAACGCAAAGGCUGGGAAGAAGGCCCUUCCCAAAACGGACUGGUGUUGCAGGGUGAGAAGCUGCCCCCUGACUUCAUGCCAAAGCUUGUCAAGAAUCUCCUAGGCGAGAUGCCUCUAUGGGUCUGCCAGAGUUGCCGAAAGAGCAUGGAGGAAGAUGAAAGGCAGACAGGUCGAGAGCAUGCAGUGGCGAUCUCCUUGUCACACACAUCCUGCAAAUCACAGUCUUGUGGGGGUGACUCUCAUUCCUCUUCGUCCUCCUCUUCAUCGUCCUCGUCCUCCUCCUCCUGCCAUGGGAACUCAGGGGACUGGGAUCCCAGCUCCUUCCUGUCAGCACAUAAGCUUUCGGGCCUCUGGAACUCUCCGCACUCCAGUGGGGCCGUGCCGGGUAGCUCACUCGGGAGUCCUCCUACCAUCCCUGGUGAGGUUUUCUCUCUCUCGGAGCACCACCGGCACUCAGACCUCACUGCUCCACCCAACAGCCCCACCGGCCACCACCCCCAGCCAGCAUCGCUGAGCCCAUCUCAGCCCGGAUCCUUCGGCUCACCACCCCACCCGCACCUGCUGCCUGCUACCCCGGCAGCGCCUUUCCCUGCCCAGGCUUCAGAAUGCCCUGUUGCCCCUGCUGCCGCCCCCCACACCCCAGGGGCAUGUCAGACCCCCCACCUGCCCUCCACCAGCAUGCCGCUCCUGAAGAUGCCUCCACCAUUCUCGGGGUGCAACCACCCCUGUAGCGGGCACUGCAGCGGGCACUGCAGCGGGCCUCUCCUCCCACCUCCCAGCUCUCAGCAACUCCCUAGCACUCACAGGGACCCUGGGUGCAAGGGGCACAGGUUUACGCACAGCGGCCUGGCCUGCCAGCUCCCCCAGCCCUGCGAGGCCGAUGAGGGCCUGGGUGAGGAAGAGGACAGCAGCUCAGAGCGCAGCUCCUGCACCUCCUCCUCCGCUCACCAGAGAGAUGGGAAGUUCUGUGACUGCUGCUACUGUGAGUUCUUCGGCCACAAUGCGGAAAAGGAGAAGGCCCACUUGGCAACAGAAGCUUUAAAGCAGGUGAAUCGUAGUGUUUCUGGAAGCCGGGAGCCAAGGCCUGCCAGGGAGAGGCUCUUGGAGUGGCCUGACCGGGAGCUGGAUCGGGUCAACAGCUUCCUGAGCAGCCGUCUGCAAGAGAUCAAGAACACUGUCAAGGACUCUAUCCGUGCUAGCUUCAGUGUGUGUGAGCUCAACAUGGACAGCAAUGGAUUCUCUAAGGAGGGGGCUGCUGAGCCAGAGUCCCAGAGCCUAUCCCCCUCAAACCUCAAUGGCUCCUCAGAGCAACGGCCUGACAUUAACCUUGACCUGUCCCCUUUGACUUUGGGGUCCUCUCAGAACCACACGCUACGAGUUCCAGGUGAGCCAGCCCCACCGUGGACAGAAAUGAGAGGCUCUCACCCACCAUGGACAGAGGUGAGGGGGCCCCCUCCCGGUAUCAUCCCUGAGAAUGGGCUAGUGAGGAGACUCAACGCUGUGCCCAACCUUUCCCGGGUGAUCUGGGUCAAGACACCCAAGCCAGGCAACCCUAGCCCUGAGGAGCCAAGCCCAAAGGAGGUUCCCCGUUGCAAGCAGGAGCUGCCCGAGCCUGUGGCCUCAAGUGGGAAGCCGCGGAAGGGCAAGAGACAGGGCAGUCAGGCCAAGAAGAACGAGGCGAGCCCAGCCCCCCGGUCCCCAGCCAGCCUCGAGGCUCCCAGUACCAAGGGCCAGACCCCCAGCUCCAAGCAGCCAGGCAAGGCCCCAGAGCCUCCCAGAGUGGGCAGCUGUGCCGAGGCUGGAGAGGGGAGCCAGCCGGGAGCAGGCUGGGCUGGCAGCCCCAAAGCCGACGAGAAGGGCGGCUCCUGGCGAAACUGGCCAGGUGAGGCCAAAGCACGGCCUCUGGAGCAGGAGUCCAUGCAGCCCUCAGGCCCAGCAAGGCCACAGAGCUUGCCGCAGGGCAAGGGCCGCAGCCGCCGGAGCCGCAACAAGCAGGAGAAGACGGCCGCCUCCCUGGACGAUGUGUUCCUGCCCAAGGACAUGGAUGGGGUGGAGAUGGAUGAGACUGACCGGGAGGUGGAGUACUUCAAGAGGUUCUGUUUGGAUUCUGCAAAGCAAACUCGCCAGAAAGUUGCUGUGAACUGGACCAACUUCAGCCUCAAGAAAUCCACUCCCAGCACAGCUCAGUGAGCCCCCUGCCGGGUCGAGCUACUUCAGGGUGUCCUGAGACCCCGACUGCCAGCUGAAGGUCUACAGUUUCUUCCUCCACAUCCCUACCCACCUGCCCAAGAUCUCCCUGCUCCUCGCCAUCCUGGACCAACCAAAAGUUGAACGGAUGCUGUGCCGUGCUGGGGCCCCUCAGGACCUCCACAGAGCCGCUUCCUGGUGCUACGCAGCCUCCUCACUCAGAGCCUGGGGGCUGGACUGGCUUGUGGGCCGGGGGCUGAUGGUACUGCUGGCCCAACAUUGCUCUCUUUGUGUUUGGUUUUGUUUUUGUUCUUGUUUUUCAAUUCUUUACUUUUGAUACUGUGAAGAUCUUUCCUGCAGAAAGAUAAAGCAACAUUUGGACACAG